CUCGUAGCAUCGUUCUCACCGAUAAUUCAAGAAUCGCCAGAAGUGACCGAACAAUGAACAUGGUUUAGCCGAAGUACGCACAUCAAAGUUUUAAUUCAAAUAGCGAACCACUCAAAGGAAGAGACAGUUUUCGUUGUUCUUCCCAAGAUGCAAAGAGUGUCCAACCUGGCAGCUUUCUUCUUGAUUUGGAGCUGUGGAUUUUGCUAUGCAGUUCAAGUUUUCGUCAAGGGUGCCCAUGGAAUGGUCUCUUGGAAAGACUCUCCAAAUUGGAGGGACAGAUCUGUUGUCCCCACUCCUGCCCCAGCGGAUGUUCAAGCGUACAAGAAACGAGGGGAAAUUCCACAUCCAUUUCCCAGAGUACACAUAGUUAAACACGUGUAUGUUCCAGCACGGACUAGCAUGGCCAAAGGAAGAAGGCUCAAUAAAAAGAAAAAUUUAAUUCAAAGAAUUUUCUUCUCACUGCCUGUCGGCGCUGAAUUACCGAUCUAUUACACUCAUAACCAAGUUUCAGGUUCACACAAAAAGAGCACGGUUGUCAAUACUGAAGCAACUGGUGCUGAGGGAAAAAGAUAUUUUUCCGACGGAAUCAAUGGGCCCUUUAGAUCAAGUACCUGGGGAAUUCAAGAACCACUAGGAAACCAGGAAUUGUCUCCAGAUUUAGAAACGAGGACAAUAGCAAGGCAAAGUCUUCUUCAAAAUGAUGAUGAGGGUCUUCAAUAUCACGGAAUGAGUGGACAAUACCUUCGUCCUCAAACAGUUGAUAGGCACCGAAUUAUGGAAAAUAGUGCACCUUUUUUCAAAAGACCGCGAAAAACGCAGGAAAUGUUCUAUAGACGUUUAAGAAUUCCGGGAUUAAAGAAAUUUAGAAGAGAUAUUAAACAAAAAAGCAAUGAAAUAAGCAACCUGAAAAAUACUAGUUAUGUAACGAAAGACAAAAACAUGAAAAAAUCAGGAUUACCCAAAGGUAACAAAAGGAACACAAGCCGGGCAUCAAGUAACAAAAUUAACUCAGAGAUAGAAAACCUUUUAACAAAGUUCCUCAUUGUCCUGUAAUCCACUUCUUGCUCUAAAAAAAUGUGAAACGCUUGACGAUAUAAUGACAAAAUUGAAGCCAGCGAAGAGGGGCUAAGAAUGAAUCCCACAUUCGACUGUGUUUUGGAACUUAUCGUUGGUAGAAGCGUUUGUGGACGAAAGUGGGAUUGCCAGAUACACAAUAUCGUCCUUGGUGACUACGUCUGUGAGAUGAUUGAUUUGGAGUGGAGUCUCUGAGUUCCUGGCAUGUGCUUCAACAUAUCCAAUCAGUCCUUGUUCUUCGAAUAAUAGCUAGGUCAAUGCUUCAAUAGGUAGCAUUAUUGAUUCUAUUUGUUUCGCCUCGUUUUCUCAACUGUGAAAAUGCUGAGGAGUGGCUCCUGUCAAUUGACUUCUCUUUCGCAGAGGGGUAGCCUACAUGCUACAUGUAGAAACAAACACAUGAUCAUUUUCAUGAUAACUUUUUGCCACUUAACAUUGAACGUUUACUAAAACUUGCUUUUAUUCCUGGUUAAAAAGUGUUGUUUAACUUAUCUCUACUAAGAAAUUAGAUGUAUUUCUGGAGUUUGUACCGCAGUUAUGAUGUAAAUAUGAACGGCUGUUUAUUUAGUGUCAAAACAGUGGUCAAGAAGACGGUGGUUCUUAUUACAGUGUUAAAGAAAGACGUUCAACUUAAUCUAUUCGAUUUACACGAAUACUUUGAUUAAGAAUUUUCUUUUAUUGCCAGCUAGUUGGAAAACACUUUAAGGUUAACAAGUUAAAUACUUCGUAGUAACUAUUCAAUGCAAUGGUUUCAAGAAACUGUAAGGGCAGGUAUGGGGAAGGUGGAAACUGGGUUGUUUUUUUAUAAUAAAGCCGUCACAGAACAAAUAAACGACUAGCUGAAAUUUUGGUCACGGAGCGAAUCUUGGCAAUUUUUUUAACUUUGAUUUGCCAGAUAGUCUUAAAUAAAAUGAAGACACG